UUCAGGUGUGCUGAGCACCUAGAGCUUCACUUGAAGCUGGUGAGAGUAUAGUACUCUGCAUUUUGGGAGGAGGGAUCUUAUAUCUCUCAGAAAACUUGCAGUAAGAUGUACUUGUCUGAAGCAAAACCAUGAAGAGAUAACUGCUAGAGGCACCAUGAGAUAUUAAACAGAAGUCUCUUCUCUCUGUUCUGGCAGCUAUCAGGCUCUGGCCAGCAGGUAAGAAGGAGCUGCACCAUCCUCCUGAGCCAUUGGUCAUGAGUUAGUCAAUUCCAUCCUAGCUGACACCCUUGAUGAAACAUCUCCGUGCAGGAGCAUAUCUAUUCCAGCUGCCAGAAGCAGAGAUCUCUUGGGCUCUGAAUGCAGAUGGUCAGGAUCAUUCACUGCCUCCUGUCUCUUAUCAUAAAAAGAAGUUGGCAAAGAGACCAGGAUACAUGAGACCACAAGCUCCACAACAGAUAGAGUUUCAGCCUCCUGCUCACUGCAAGCCAUUCAAUCCAAAGGGGCUUGAAUAUGGCAGAAAGCAUUGUGAAGACUUCGAGAACUGCUCUCUGCACAGACUAUGCAAAAAUGACUUUGAAUUCUUACAUUGUAAUUCAUCUGUAAACAGUACCAUUGUUACCACCACUGUGGUAACAACAUCCACUACGGCUGGAAAUGUGACAGGAAGCCUCAGAAAUCUGUCAGAUCUCAGGAUUCAGCCGUCAGAAAAUGUAAUUCUGCCAGUUUGUCCUGCAGCUGCCACAUGUAAAAGAGACUUCUCACCUGUGUGCAGUUCAAAUACAUGGCAGACUAAUCUACUAGCGACUACGUGGGAGACAAUCCACGGUGCUAGAGUAAAGGAGCCAAAGAAAAUGUACACUUUGGAUCAGAAGGAAGUGAAUAAUAACUGUGUAUAUAACAACAAAGAAGUUACUUCUUACUCGUCCAGUACUUGGGAUAGCUUUAAUUCAAGUUUCAGCUUCAUACAGCUCUCACUGAACUCAAGUUUUGAAAAAAGUGACACUGAAGGCCAGUCAGAUGACAGGGCAACGGAACACACUCUGGAAACAAAUGCAACAAGACAAAUAGAAAAUGUUACUUUACAUGAACCAGAGGAGAGACUAAGAAGUUCACAUAAAGACGUAGGGGCUUCAUCUUGUAUCUGUAGGCAUGGGGAGGAUUAUCAGUGUGCAAGAGAGACCAUAGUGAAAGAUAAAUUGCAGAAUUGUGAGAUGGUAUCUCUUUUGGAUACAGAUGCAGCAUUUUCAUGUUCCACAGAUUCCUCAGAUGCAGCAUCUGCUGGUUCUUCUGUUACCUCAGGCUACGAAAGUAGCUUUACUGUUAGUGAUCACAACUGGGAUACCCUGAUGAGGAAAUAUGAACUGGUGCUAUUGGACUGCUUGGUUGGGAACCGUACUAUAUUAAAGAUAAAAUCCUUAAUGUUAAGGCUUCAGAGGCUUCAAGAAAAAGCAAUAGAGGAAGAUGACUAUGAUAAAGGAAUGAAAACACACAGACUUCCUGCUUAGAACUGGUGGAAAAUGCUGACUUACUCUGCAGAACUAGGUUCUGUUGGGAGUCUGGAUUCUCCAAAGCAGGUGGUAUAAUGGAAUAGAACAAUUCUUCGCAGAGCCAUUGUGCCAGCUUGAAUGUAGAGAACAUACAACAUAUGUCAUGACAGAGUCUAUCCUACCUCUGCAAGCAUAA